AUGAACGCAAACCCAGCAAUAGGAUGGAAUGUUAACAAACAAGUGGAAGAUCCAUUUUCGGCUGAUGUUUGUUGCCUUGUUCUCGAUGAUGGAACAUAUGUUUUAGAGUUAAAGGAUCGAAUUCUAUGGGAAACCUUAAGAACCAUUUUUUUNUCUCAAAACCAGUCUGUAGCAGCAUUUGUAGGAGGAGACAAGGCUGCCUUCUACCAUUGUGGAUUUUUCAGCAGCCAUAACACUCUCUUUGACUCUAAGGGCAGACACUACUAUCACAACUGUUACAUUCAGGGCUCCAUAGAUUUCAUCUUUGGUCGUGGGCAAUCGAUAUAUCAUGAGUGCGAAAUUUUUGUGAUUGCUAACAAGAGACAUGAAAUCCAAGGAUCUAUCACAGCACAUAGCAGGCAAAGCACCAAGGAAAACAGUGGCUUUGUCUUCGUCAAGGGGAAGGUCUAUGGCAUCGGUGAUGUGUACUUGGGUAGAGCUAAUGGAGCAUAUUCCAGGGUAGUUUUUGCAAACACCUACUUUUCUCGGACAGUCAUACCUCAAGGCUGGACAAACUGGAGUCAUUCGGGCAGUACAGGAAACUUACACCAAGCCGAGUAUAAAUGUCAUGGACCUGGAUCUGCUUCAACAAACCGCGCAACUUGGUCAAAACAACUCACUGAUAAAGAAGCAGCUCCAUUCCUCUCUCUAGAUUUCAUCAAAGGCAAGGAAUGGCUACCAGCAUGGUUUUUCUAGUGCAGGUGCAUCUUUAGACUUCAGACAGAAAGGGCACCUCUAGCUGUAAAUUUAUCCAUGCCUACAAGUUAGUGUAUAUAUUACUGUAUAGAAAAGCUACUGAUCAUGUAAACCGUGAAUCCAUCUUCUACUUGUACACAAAAAGCUAAGUUUGGUGUGCAAUAUUAGACAUAACUAAAUAAUAUAAACUUUGAUUUUGUCAAGUA